AUGACAUCAACUUCAACAUCAACAACGGCGACAACAACAACAACAACAGCAGCCUGUGCAACUCCAUCUACAGUUAAGGUCACAUUCAACAUAAUUGCUACAACCACCCAGGGUCAAGAUAUCUUCCUGGUCGGUUCAAUUGACCAGCUCGGAAACUGGGACACAAACCGCGCAGUUGCUCUCAAUGCGGAUCAGUACACUGAUAACAAUAAUCUGUGGUACAUAUCCGUGGAUCUACUAGCAGGCGUGAAUUUCGAAUACAAGUACAUUCGAAAGCAGAAUGGCGGGGUCACAUGGGCAAAGGAUCCCAAUAUGCGCUUGACCGCCCCGAUGGGAUGCCAUAUUAGAACCGUGGGAACUUAUGAUACUUGGAGAUAG